AUGUGCUCCCACAAGCCCAGACUCAUCAUUCUUGUGAGACAUGGCGAGAGUGCUUCCAAUAAAGACAAGACUGUGAACCAGCACGUACCGAAUCAUUUGAUUCCUUUGACGGAAAAUGGGUGGAAACAAGCCCGGAGAUCUGGCGCUGAACUUAUGCGAUUGCUAAACGUGGAUGACCCCGAGGCGGUUCAAGAGCUGGCAGAAAAUUAUGAAUUCCAAGACGAGAACCGAAAGCCGCUCGAACAGCAUUAUGCCCGCAACAGUAAGGUCCCAGACAGCAAUAUUGUAUUCUACACCUCGCCGUACCGAAGGACACGGGAAACGCUGCGCGGGAUGCUAGACGUCCUGGACGAGUAUAAUGAGCGUAACUGCGGUGUUUCCGCGCGGCAGAACGAUGGGUAUCACCCGCUGGGCAAGAAGCGACAGGCCCACUGGCAGUGUCCGGAGUUCCCGCAUGGAUUUUUCGAAAACCAUGAGUCGCGCGAUUUACUCAACUCGCUCAAGAAAACCGCCUCCCGCAAGACCUUCAUACACUAUCGCGUCAAGGACGAGCCACGGCUGCGUGAGCAAGACUUCGGGAACUUCCAGGAACUCAGCUCCAUGCGCGACGUGAUGAGCAUGCGCGCCAACUACGGCCACUUCUUCUUCCGCUUUCCACAGGGCGAAAGCGCCGCCGACGUCUACGACCGAUGUGCGAGUUUCCAAGAGACCCUCUUUCGCCACUUCAACCAGCAGGAUCGCAAGCCGCGCGACGUCGUGGUGCUUGUGACCCACGGCAUCUACCUGCGGGUCUUUCUCAUGAAGUGGUUCCGCUGGACCUACGAGGAGUUUGAAUCCUUCACCAACGUGCCGAACGGGUCGCUCGUGGUGAUGGAGCUAGACCCAGAGCUCGACCGCUAUGUCUUGCGCACCACCAUGCCCAAGUGGUGCUAG